GAUAGAUCCAUCUCAAUCGUCGCGUUAUGCGCUCGCUCUUGCUGCUCUCGGUGGCGGCCCUUGCGGUCUCCGACGCAUCCACGGACCAGAUAUUGAUCUUGGGCAAGUCCUCGUCUCCAUUAUGGCACGAAACGCGCUCUUCUGGGGCCUUCUCCGCCGCGGGUAUGGCUGAUUUGGCGCUCAACUCACUCGGACUCAGUACGGGGCGAGUUUCCUCUCGUUCUGCGGUCCAGAACCCGCUACAGGCCGACAUCUUCACUCACAGCGAUGCGUACGCGAUGAUUCUAUUGGAGGACGCGUCUGCGACUACUGUAGAUUCCGUGAACGCAGCCUUAAGCGGCGCUCAAGCCUUCCACAAGCUUUACCCGGCGCAACCUGCUAACGCUAAGGUUCCGGUGGCUGUAGCUCAGGAAUUUAGUGCCAAAUACCCAUCAGCCACUCGCUGUGCCGGUAGUACCGCGCUAUGUGCCAGUGUGAGCGCUGACAAGCCCCAUGUGGAUGCGGAAGUGGUGCUACAGGUGCUCAAGGCCAACAGCUUCUUAAGUGCCACUCACGAGCAGGACGUGGCUUUCGCCCAGCAGUUGGCUCAGGUGAUGCAGCUCACAUCGGAUUUAAAGUAUACACAGGGCAAGAAGCUGUUCCUAGUAGGUCUCUCGACUCUGAAGGGAGACAAACAGAGAGCGGCGCAACAGGCUGUGACGACCACAGUGACCGAGUUCUUGGCUCAACUCAUGAAGACUGAGCAGACCGUCGCCGCUCAGAUAAUGACAGGCACACUGCCUGCUAUCAUCGACGAGACUGCAGCUCUGUCCCGUCGUAACCGAAAGCUGGUGACGAAGCUAUCGAAUGAAGAAGACGAUGAAGAAGAAGAGAGUGAAGGUGAAGACGAAGAAGACGAGGAAGAAAAAGAUCUGGCUGCAGCCAGUGGCAGUAUGUGGGAGGACGAAGACAAUUCGACGGCCGCCUCUAGCGCUACUGCGCCUGGCGCUGUGUCGAUGCCUGACAUCGCUGAGUUCCAGAUCAUCUUGUGGACGUCGGUGCUGCUUGGAGUUGUGCUGCUCAUGGCCAUCAUGGCCAUGGCCAACAUGAACACUGGUCGUGACAGUCUCCUGUACGCCAAGUUCAUUGCCGACGUGAAUGGCCGCAAGACUAAUUAAAGUCUGCGUGAGAGAUUCCUUAACUAUGGAGAAGCACAUUUUAGUUUCGGAAGCGCGUAACCCUUUUAAUUUGCAUCAUUUUGCCCUUUUAA